AAAAAACUCAAGGAGUUGUCAAAUGCAGCCCAAAACAAUGAUGAACCAAUCUUGGAACAAUUGGAUAUAUUGAUGAGAGAAUGCAACAAAGAUAUUGCUCAUAGAGUAAGAGCAGGCAAAGAGGGUAUUUAUCCUGCGCUUAUAAAUUUACUAGAUUUAAAACAGAAAUCUUACUUGAAUGUUAAUAAUGAAAAAGAUGCUGCUUCUAUUAUAAAAGUAAUAAACACAUUGAUCGCUUUAAUGAAUUCACAACCAGAUUUGCUGGAUAGAAAAGGUGUUGAAAUUAUUAAAAAAAAUCUAGAUGAAAUAGAAGAUGAAUCUAUUUUAAUAGCAACAUUAAAAUGGACCGCUGUGUGUUGUGUUAAACAUGAAAUGAACAGACAGAUGAUAUUUGGUGCUGGCAUUGGAUGGAAUUCGAACAAUUUAUUGAAUAAAACUAAUAAUAUAGAGUUAAUAAGUGAAUGCCUACAAGUUAUCAGAAAGUUGACUUUAGACGACGACGUGCGCGUGGAGUUUGGCAAAGCUCACGAACAUGCUCGUGAACUUGGCGCGGAGCUUCUCGAUACGUUGACAAGGUUGCUUGAAAAUAACAUGAAGCCACCGUUGGUAAGUGAUGUGAUGUGUACAAUCGCGUGCCUGCUGGUGCGACACGAGCUGUGCGCGGUGGCGGCGGAGCGCGGCGCUGCUGCUCUCUUCACUGUGCUGGCUGAUAACUACGAUGACGUCACCGUUGUACAUCAAGCCACUAAGCUGAUAACAGCGUUGGCUGGCAACGAUGACGUCAAACGACAACUAGUGAAGAGCGGAAUUGUGCCUAUCAUUGUUUCAUUGUUGAGUAGAUUUGCUAGUAACGCGACAGUGACAGCGCAGACACUACGCUGCAUGUCCGCGCUGGCGCUGCGAGAGCCGGCACACGGCCGCCUGCUGCUGGACUGCGGGGCAGCAGAGCCCCUCCUGCACUGUCUCAAGAUGCAUCCGCGUAAUGCCGCGCUACAGAAGAACGGUUGCUGGGCGAUACGCAACAUGGUCGCUAGAUGUCGCGACUACAAUAGUAAAUUCAAGGAACUCGGAAUUGAAGAUAUAUUGAACCAGACGUACGCCAUUUUCUCCCAAGACUUCGGAUUCGAUAUAAAAUCAGCCCUCAGAGAUCUAGAUUGUGACGUGAAACUGGACGAGCAAUGGACGGGGAAAGGCGUGCAAAUGACUAAUUAAAUAUUAAUAAAGAAAAUUAAAACAAUUUUUAAAU